GUUUUCAUUGAAAAUAUGUCUUCGAAGAAAAAAAUGAUGAUGAUGACCAGUUUUUCUGAUGAUUAUAUUGAUAUUUUAGCGGCCGAAACAAAUCAACGUAGCCAUAUUCAGCAGCAGCCACAGCGACGAUCACAAUCACAAGUUCAACCACCAUAUUCAUCAUCGCCGAAAAAUCAACAACAUCAUCGUCGAAAUAUUCAUCGUGCACAAAUUGCUCGACAUUCACAUUUUCCAUCCUAUUAUACGUUGAAUUCUUUGUAUUCGAAACCAAAUUUUCUGAGAGAGUUUGCUGAUGUUCGUGAAACCGAACAAGGAUUAACUGAUUUACUAAACGAUUUUCAUGAUGGAAAAAUAAAUGCAUUUGGUGAGAAUAUAACAUUGGAGAAUAUGAUAAAAGUUCGUGAACAACAAGAGAAUCUGGCACGAUUACAUUUCGAAAUGAAUAGUCAACAAUCCAACAAACAAUCAACAAUCGAUGUUUCUGGUAUGUGCAAUACAAAUGCAUCAUUAUAUCAAUCUGGUUGUAGUCAACCAUCAACACCAUCAUCAUCAUUAGAUCAAAAAGAACAAUCAUAUCAAUCGGAUAGUCAAUUAUCGAAUGAACCUAUGACUAUGGUUUUCGCAAAUAUGAAUGGUCAAACAACUACUUCAAGUGAUAACAAUAAUAAUAAUAAUAAUAAUGGAAAUUCAUCACCAAGAAUUAUCAUAUCGAUGGAAGAAACAUCGACAACAUCAUCAUCGCCACAGCCACAAACACCCGAUCCAAUGGUUAUUUGUGGUAAACCAUUUUCCAAAAGUAACAUGAUUAAAUUGAUACAGAAUUUACAAAAUCUUUGUGAAUCAAUUGAACUAUUGCAAUCAAAAAAUCAUAGUGCAAUGGAUUGAAAUCAUUUCAUUCGUUUCAAUGAAACUUUGUGCAAUUUUAUAACGUAAUCCUAUAUAUCUACUGUUCAAGUCAUACGAUUCUUGUUUCUUUUGUAUAUAAUUUUCAACAAAUCAAUUCUAUAAUAAUCAAUAUAAAUUUGAAUUUGCAAAAUUCAA